GUGAAAAUGGCCCAGGAUAAGAAAAUAUCGGUAGCUUUCGUGUGUCUUGGAAACAUCUGCCGUUCACCCAUGGCAGAGGCUGUUUUCACACACAAGGUGCACGAGCUUGGAUAUACCAACCAGGUUGAACUUAUUGAUUCUUUCGGUACUUCGGGCUGGCACAUUGGGGAGAGUCCCGACUCCCGUUCUGCUAGCACGUGCCGCAAGCACGGCGUGGCUGUAAAACAUGCAGCACAGCAAAUCACGCCCAAAGACUUCGAGCGGUUUGACUAUGUGAUCGGAAUGGAUGAGCAGAACAAGAGCGAUCUUUUGCACAUGCGGCCACGUGACAGCAAGGCCAAAGUGGCGAUUUUCGGCAAGUGGCAGACCAGCCCGGAGUUUGCCGAGAUUGUGCUGGAUCCGUACUACGGCGGGCGUGAUGGGUUUGAAACGAACUUCAAGCAGAUCAGUCAUUUCAGCGAAGAGUUCUUAAAGCAGGAACUAGGAGAAAAGUAAGAGCUCAAGGUGUUUUGGGAAUUUCCGUAUUUUUUCGGGAGACUGUGGAAUGGUGGAUGACUCGGCAGUUUUGAGCAUCCAGUGUGAGAGCUAGUUCUAGUAGUGGCUAAUAGGCACGAGCGAAAGGAACGAAUAUGCGUCAUAUCCUUUAAUACUACAUAUGUGAGCGG